AUGGAGUCGGAGAAGAUCGUGCACGUCGUGACCUCGGCGGCGCCACGCCACGCAGUGGCUCGAGCUGCUGCACCUCCUUGCUGCGCGCCCGAGGGCCCGCCGCACUCUCUGCUCACCGCCGUGCACGAGCACAGGGACGUGCUCACGCAGACGGCCAUGGCGCUCACCAAGGAGGCGGAGCGGCUGGACGUGCCGUUCCAGUUCAACCCGUCGUGUCCCGGCUCGAGGCGCUGGAC